AUGAUCAACCAGUUUUUCCAAGUUACCGGCGACUACUCGGCGCAGCCCCCGACCAAGGUCAAGUACUAUGUCAACCAGACCGGAUACUACUGUGCCGUAGCCUUCUCCGGCCACAACAUGAACGCUGGCCCGGUGAACCCAUGGCUUGCCGAAGUGCGGUUCGAGAAUCCGUAUGGCUCCCUCCCCGCGGUGGACUAUCCCAAGCUCCCGUUCUUUGGUGCGCUGUCGAUAGUAUAUUUUCUGGUUGCUGCCCUCUGGCUGUGGAAGUCGUUUUGCUAUUGGCGCGAUCUGCUGCCGCUGCAGCACAUGAUAUCCGGAGUGAUUAUCUUCCUUAUGGUCGAGAUGGCGUUCAACUACGGCUAUUACGAAAACUACAAUAUCUGGGGCAAGAGCUCCAUCGCGCUUCUUAUCAUCGUCGCCGUCCUCAACGCCGGCAGAAACAGCAUCUCAUUCUUUAUGCUCUUGAUCGUCUCGCUCGGAUACGGUGUCGUGAGACCAACCCUCGGCUCCACCAUGAAGAAGUGCGUUACCCUGGCCCUGGCCCACUUUGCCUUUGGUGUCCUGUACACCGCCGGAUCCAUGGCCAUAAUCGACACAGACAUCACCGUCAUCACCAUCCUCAUAUUUGUAUUGCCGCUGUCGAUGGCAAUGACGGUGUUUUACUUUUGGACUCUUGCGGGACUGCAGAGCACCAUGCGCCACCUCGAAAGUCGGCGACAGAUUGUCAAGCUCACCAUGUAUCGCCGGCUCUUCCGGAUUCUUCUGUCCUCAGUCAUUGUUCUCUUCGUUUUCUUUGUCGUAAAUUCGUUGAGCUUUUCGGAACGCGACUCGGAUGAUUGGAUCGUCAAGCAGUGGCAAUACCGAUGGAUCCUGCUCGAUGGCUGGCUCAAUCUGCUGUACCUCGUCGUGUUCCUCUCGAUCGCUUACCUCUGGCGCCCGACCGAGAACAACCAGAGGUACGGCCUGGACGAAGUCAUGCAGGACGACUACGACGACGAUCUGAUCGCCUCAAUGGGUGGAGCCAACGGCGGGUACAAUGGCCAACAGAUCAAGCUGCGGACCGUCCCGCGUGUCGGCGAUCUCGAGUUCGGCCCCGACGAUGAUGACGACGAUGACGACGACGGAGUGGGCUACGACGUUGGGGUGCGGGAGAGCAUCGACGAGGUUCUCCAGUGGGCCGAGGAAAACUUUGGACAGCCUGCCACCGAAGCCGUGACUCACGGCAACUUGGUCGCUGUCGAGGACGAUGAGCACGCACACGGGUAA